AUGUCGAAUCUUGAAUCCCGUUUGCCGAAACGAUUUAUCGCUUGCAAUAAUCAGCAAUGCUCAAAAGUAUACAAAUACCUGGAUUUAUCUAUACACACCAAGAUUGAAGGCCCUGAUCCGCGGGAUCACUUUGCGAAUGAACGCAAUAUGUUGACCUGGUUACGGACGGGCAUGACCCUUUGUCUCAUUGGUUUCAUGACAUUGCUUGAUUUACCAACCAAGCAUUUUGCACCUGCUCACUCACUCCCGUGGACCGAGGAUGCUGUGCCGACCAAGGCCAGAAUUGUUGCAUGUAUAUUCGUCGGUUUGGGCCUGGUCAGCAUUUGCGCGGCAGUAUUGAAUUACUUCAAAAAUCAGCGUAGAAUUGUUCAUCGACUAUUUAGCGUGGGGCAUGGUUGGAUGGGAUACAGUAUGGCUCUACUGAUUAUGUUGUUUGCAUGUUUUAUUAUGGUGAUUGCCCUCACCGAAUCAUAA